CAGAAAAUGUCAUCUACUCUGUAUCUCCACUCAUUUCUGGACCCAUGUACCUUGCAACACCAAACUGGCCCGACGGCAUGAAUCCUUCCUCGUCCGCCUCAUGGAUCAUCUACAUUCCCCAAGAGUACAAGGCCGAGCUGUUGUUCUUUAACGUCAGCAAGCCCAAAUGUGACUCAGGCCACACCGAGGUCUCGAUCGGACCGCUGGACUCUCAAGACCAAACGCAGUCCUGGAGAGAAGAUCAGAGCUUCACCGGCCCCGUUGUCCAACAGCAGAGCUUCUACCUGAACAUGUCCAACUGUGAGCCCAAGAGCGACCGCUUCGCUGUGCUCUCAAAGAUCAGUCUGCAGAAGGAAACCAAGAAGUUCCUGGGCAUUAUCUUGGCUAUAGUCGGAGUGCUGUUGUUGGUAAUCAUCGCACUUAUAGUUGUGUGCGUCAUUCGAAAGUGAGUCUGAAUUUUCUUUG